AUGUGCGCUGCGGCCAAGCACAGCCCGCGGGGCCCGGCGCUCAUCCCCCGCAUGAAGACCAAGCACCGCGCCUACUACAUCGCCCUCUUCUCGGUGGUGCUGCUGGGGCUGCUGGCCACCGGCGUCUUCCAGUUCUGGCCGCACUCGCUGGAGCCGGCGGGCGAGCGGGCGGCGGGGCGCGGCGUGCGCCAGGCGCCCCUGGUGCGGCUGCCGGCCCGCGCGCCCCUGCCCGAGCGCGGCGACCCCGGCUGCAGGAUGCACACCUGCUUCGACGUCUACCGCUGCGGCUUCAACCCCAAGAGCAAGGUGAAGGUCUACAUCUACGGGCUGAAGCGCUACGUGGACGAGCGGGGGGCGGCGGUCAGCGGCCCCAUCUCCCGCGAGUACAGCCAGCUGCUGGCCGCCAUCGCCGACAGCGACUUCUACACCGAGGACGCCGGCAGGGCCUGCCUCUUCGUGCCCUCCAUAGACCUGCUCAACCAGAACUCCCUCCGCAUCAAGGAGACGGCGCAGGCUCUGGCGCAGCUCUCCAGGUGGGACCGAGGCACCAACCACCUGCUCUUCAACAUGCUGCCUGGAGGGCCUCCGGACUACAACACUGCCCUGGAUGUCCCCAGGGACAGGGCUCUGCUUGCAGGGGGAGGCUUCUCCACGUGGACCUACCGGCAGGGCUACGACGUCAGCAUCCCGGUGUACAGCCCCCUGGCUGGGGAGGUGGAGCUGCCAGAGAGACCCCCAGGUCCCCGCAGGUACCUGCUGCUGUCGUCGCAGCCGGCGCUGCACCCCGAGUACCGCGCCGAGCUGGAGGCGCUGCAGGCCCAGGCCCAGGGCAAGCUCCUGCUGCUGGACAGGUGCUCAAACCUCUCCCAGGGGGUGCCUGCCGCCCGCAAGCGCUGCCACAAGGACCGGCUCUAUGACUACCCUCAGGUCCUGCAGGAGUCCACCUUCUGCGUGGUGCUGCGUGGGGCCCGCCUGGGGCAGGCCGUGCUGAGCGACGUGCUGCAGGCUGGCUGUGUGCCUGUCAUCAUUGCUGACUCCUACAUCCUGCCCUUCUCUGAGGUUCUGGACUGGAAGAGGGCUUCUGUUGUCAUCCCUGAGGAGAAGAUGCAUGAGAUGUACAGCAUCCUGCAGAGUGUGCCUCAGAGACAGGUUGAGGAGAUGCAGAGGCAGGCCAGGUGGUUCUGGGAGGCCUAUUUCAGCUCGAUGAAGGCCAUCGCGCUCACCACCCUCCAGAUCAUCAACGACAGGAUUUACCCCUAUGCUGCCAUCUCCUAUGAGGAGUGGAAUGAUCCCCCAGCUGUGAAAUGGAGCAGUGUGAGCAACCCCCUCUUCCUUCCCCUGAUCCCACCUCAGUCCCAGGGUUUCACAGCCAUAGUCCUGACCUAUGACCGUGUGGAGAGCCUGUUCCGAGUCAUCACCGAGGUGUCCAAGGUGCCCAGCCUGUCCAAGCUCCUCGUGGUGUGGAACAACCAGAACAAGAACCCACCAGAAGAGUCCCUGUGGCCCAAGAUCCGCGUUCCCCUGAAGGUGGUUCGCACGGCGGAGAACAAACUCAGCAACCGCUUCUUCCCCUACGACGAGAUCGAGACCGAGGCGGUGCUGGCCAUCGACGACGACAUCAUCAUGCUGACCUCAGAUGAGCUCCAGUUCGGCUAUGAGGUGUGGCGCGAGUUCCCCGACAGGCUGGUUGGAUAUCCAGGCCGCCUGCACCUCUGGGACCACGAGAUGAACAAGUGGAAGUAUGAAUCAGAGUGGACCAAUGAAGUCUCCAUGGUGCUCACCGGUGCUGCCUUCUAUCACAAGUAUUUCAACUACCUUUACACUUACAAAAUGCCUGGAGACAUCAAGAACUGGGUGGAUGCUCACAUGAAUUGUGAAGAUAUUGCCAUGAAUUUUCUAGUGGCAAAUGUCACUGGCAAAUCAGUCAUCAAGGUGACCCCGCGGAAGAAGUUCAAGUGCCCCGAGUGCACGGCCAUCGAUGGCUUAUCUCUGGACCAGACACACAUGGUGGAGAGGUCUGAAUGCAUCAACAAGUUCGCCUCGGUCUUUGGGACCAUGCCUCUGAAGGUGGUGGAGCACCGUGCCGACCCUGUCCUCUACAAAGAUGACUUCCCAGAGAAGCUGAAGAGCUUUCCCAACAUUGGCAGCUUGUGAAGGCAGCUGUGGGACCAGCCUGAGCCCUUGGCAACGACGGCCAGAAAGCUGCUCUGAGGGCUGAAGAGCCCUGAGGGAUGAAAUGCCCGGAGCGUGGCUGGCAUCCGAGGCAGCUGCCAGGCUCUUGCUGGGCUGCCUUCCCUUCCCAUUGCACAGGGAUGGACUGGG